AGAUCUUGUCCAAAGUACCCCACUGUUCUCCAGUGGAUCAUGCUGUGACCCCAAGGCUUCAGGUCUCUAAGGAUCCCUCGGGGUUAAACCUCCUCCCGGGCGUAGAACCACUGAGAAGAGCGCUCCGGCAUCCUAGAGAGGAAGCACGCGAUGCUGGGCGCAAGGCCAACGUAAUGACACACUUCCGUUGACGCAGCAGUUUCCGUUUUUGCCGAGACAAAGCUCCGCAAGGGACAGGAUCGUCCCCCUUCUCUCUCUACUUCAUCUCUUGUGUCAUACGUGACCGGGCAUGAAAUAGAAUUAAAAGCCUCAUGGUAUGGUGUGGACUAAAAACCUUUGCCUCCUAAGAGGGAGCCCAGGUGAUGGCAGCCAUACCUCUGAAAGCUCAAUGCCAGGAGAUGGUGACCUUUGAGGAUGUGGCUGUGCACUUCACUAAGACAGAAUGGACUAGUCUUUCUCCUGCCCAGAGGGCCCUGUACAGAAGUGUGAUGUUGGAGAAUUAUGGGAAUCUGACUGCUAUGGGGUACCCAGUUCCCAAACCUGCACUGAUCUCGCUCCUGGAAGGAGGGGACGUGGCUUGGGACCUGGAAGCACAGGAUGAUCCCCUGGCAGAGGGGACCAAAAACAUCUGUAAAGAUGCUGAGACCAACACUGACGGUGAAUCCGCAUUAACCCAGAAAAUUUCUGAAGAAAGAGAUGGGAUGAUGUCACAUGGGCAGCUGAGGAGUGUCCCUCAGAGAACCAACUUCCCAGAAACAUGUGAUGUGGAGAAGUACCAGGACAUCCCCACAGUAAAAAACAUCCGAGGAAAGGUUCCAGGAAUCCACUGUGCAAGGAAACCCUUCAUAUGUGAGGAGUGUGGGAAAUCCUUCAGCUAUUUUUCCUACUAUCUUAGACACCAUAGAAUCCAUACUAGGGAGAAACCCUUUGUGUGCAAUGAGUGUGGAAAAGCCUUUAAUGGCAAUUCUUCAUUAAUUCGGCACCAGAGGAUUCACACUGGAGAGAAACCCUAUCAGUGUGAGGAGUGUGGGCGAGCCUUUAAUGAUAAUGCAAAUCUGAUCAGGCAUCAGAGAAUCCACAGUGGGGACAGACCCUAUUACUGCAUAGAGUGUGGAAAUAGUUUUACCAGUAGUUCUGAGUUUGUUAUACAUCAUAGAAUCCACACUGGGGAGAAACCCUAUGAGUGUAAUGAGUGUGGCAAAACUUUUGUUGGUAAUUCACCCCUACUUCGGCAUCAGAAAAUCCACACUGGAAAGAAACCCUAUGAGUGUAAUGAGUGUGGCAAAAGUUUUGGAAGGACUUCCCAUCUAAGCCAACAUCAGCGUAUUCACACAGGGGAAAAGCCUUAUUCUUGUAAAGUAUGUGGACAAGCCUUCAGUUGUCAUACAAAACUAACUCGGCACCAGAGAAUUCACAGUGAGGAGAAGUCCUUUGACUGUGUAGAUUGUGGAAAAGUCUUCAGUGCUCAGGGACAAUUAAAAAGGCAUCUGAGAAUUCAUAUUCAGGAAUCUUCCUCUGUAUGUGAUGAGUGUGGAAAAGCCUUCACUAGCAAAAGAAAUCUUCAUCAACAUCAAAGAAUCCAUACUGGAGAGAAACCCUAUGGGUGUAGCAAGUAUGAGAAGGCCUUUAGGACUUCUUCCCAGCUAGGUUAUCUUGGGCACGUGCACUCUGGAGAGAAGCCUGUGCUGGAUAUUUGUCGUUUUGUCCUCCCGGAAUUUUUUACCCCCUUUUACUGGUAAUAGUACACUCCAGUGAAAUGUACUGGGUGAAUUCUGUCUUCUACUCUGGAAUGGAAUGUGUGACACAGGCCUGGCUCAGCCUCUGAUUUAUCCCUCAAGCCACAGUUACUGAUUCAGAUGUUAGUAUAUGACCAAAGAUGGUCUAAUUAGAGUUCCAGGAUUACAAGAGCUAAUAGGAAGAAAUGCUCUCCUUCUCCACCCCAACUGGUUUUAACGCUGAGAAGAACUAGAUUCUCACAGAGGCUGAGAAUGAAGUCAACACACUAAAAAAGGCAUCUGAGAAUUGGAGAGCAGUUUAAGACUGAAGAUAGUGUUUGAACAGCCACAUCAGACCAUGUCUGAACCUAAAAAUACAAAUGGGUUUUUGAAUUGCAGUAGCCAUUAAAUUCCAUUUUUGUUUUUGGCUUUGGCACAUUUGAGUUAACUGUUCUUCCCUUGGAACAGAAUUUUGACUUAAACAGUGUUGUUAGUCUUCAACAUGUUAUCCCUGAAGACUUAUUUGAAAAGUCUUCAGGAAUAACAUACCCAAAUGGAUGGAGAAAUGUUUUGUGCAUAUGUUAUGUAGGAAAGUCUUUAGUAAUAGCCAUGGCAGCUCCUAAACCCCAUGAUUGUAAUGAGAUUGAGAAGCCCACUGUGACACUGGAGAGCCCAGGUUGUAUCAGACACCACAAGUAAAUAGAAAUUCUAACAA